GUUUGGUUUCAUUCAUUUGAUAAUGAAAAUUAUAAAAAACGCAUAACGUUUACAUUUUUCAAAAUAAUUUGUUGUUACAAUGAAGUAAAUAGAAAAUGUUGAAAUCAUUUUGCAACAGUUGCUGCCGCAAUUAAUGUUUUUUUUUUUUGUAAAUUUCUUAUGCAGCUUCUAAAAAGAAAAGUAGUAUUUUUCUCUUAUUAAUAGUAUUAUUAUACAUUUCUUUUAUAGUUGCAUUUAUUUGUAUUCAGAGGUUAGUUGUAUGAAUAUUGAGUUUAUUAUACAAGUAUUUAGGGUAAAAAAAAUAAAAUUCCCGAAAAACUACAUGUUCACCUUUUUUUUAUUUUUUUUUUUUAAUGUCUAAUAUGUAUAUGUAGUAUUUUCUACAUGAUUUCAGCCGCCCAGUGACUAAGGUAAGUCAGAGGGUAGAAAUGUGUGCAUGAAUAAAAUGUGUUUGUUAAAAAAAGCUUUUCUUCUGAUUAUCAUAGGUUUCCUUCUUCAUGCUUGUUUUUUAGGUAUUCAACAACACAUGGGUUGCCGAUAUACUAACAAUUAUUAUUUUAGAAGGUAUUAAAGUGCCUUUGUAAUUUAUUAUCUAAGGUAAAAUUGAUAAUUCGUUAAUUCUAUUCGUGGAAUAUUUUUUUAACACGGAAUUGUAUUUUAUCACAUAUGUAUUUUACUAUUUCUAUUAUAAUUAGUAUGGUGGGUGAUGUCAUUUGAAACGGUUGUAUAGGAACUUAUCUAUCGUUAUGAUAAAUAAAUUUAAUUGGAAAGUACGACACCUUGUUCCCAGAUUAAGAAAUCGUUGUAUUUCACAUUGAAACUUUAUUUUUCUUUAAAAAGUUUCAAUUAGAAAAAUAUGCUCGUGUUCAACCGGGGAUCGUGCAGGAUAACGUAUUUUUUAGUUAUUUUUAUGUACAUAAUAUACUUUCGUGUGAUAUGUAAUUGUUUUAUACAAUACUAGUUCCCAUAUCAAACUUAUCAAUACCUUAUCAACAUAGUUAAAGCAAGCUAUCAAUUUGUAAUCGAUGUUGCGUGACUAAAGACUAAAAACUCGAGCAGUUGGUGGAGUCUAUCAAAGUGUGUUGAUAUUAUUUUUAGUUUUUUAAAAUAUUUAUUUACAAAUUUGAAAAAUGGCGAAGAUGGUAACGAUAAAAGUGACCACAAUGGAUACAGAACUCGAAUUUGCUUCGCCGGCGAAAACUCGAACUGUGGAUCUCUUCUAUCAGAUCAGCAAGAAUAUAAGUAUAAGAGAAGUUUGGUUUUUUGGUCUUGUGUACCAAUCUUCUGAGGGCGAAGAAGUUUGGAUUGACGGUUCGAAAAAGCCAAUUAAAGCUUAUGCAAGUCGUGCACUUAGUCUGCGGUAUCGAAUUAAAUACUAUCCUGAGGACGUAUCUCAAGAACUCGUAGAAGAUAUUACCAUAAGAUAUUUCUUUUUACAAGUGCGAUCUGCCAUUCUUUCGGACAAAAUUUAUAGUCCUCCUGAAACGUGCGUUUUACUUGCGUCUUACGCCGCGCAAGCUCGUUAUGGAGAUUAUAAUAGCAGAAAGAAAAAAAAAGAAUUGUCUAAAGAAAAGCUGUUGCCUGAAAGAGUUUUCAAUCAAUUUAGUAUGGAUCGUGAUGAUUGGGAACAUAAUAUUGUGGUGUUAUGGGAAAAACAUUAUGGUAUGUUACAAGAAGAUGCAAUGUUGGAAUAUCUGAAGAUUGCACAAAAUUUAGACAUGUACGGCGUCUCUUACUUCGAAAUACAUAAUAAGAAGGGCACGAAACUUCUUCUAGGAGUCACUGCUCUCGGUUUAAAUAUUUACAAAUUGGAAGACAAGCUGAAUCCAAUUAUAGCGUUUCCAUGGUCAGAAAUUAAAAACAUUAACUUCAGAGAUAAAAAAUUUACAAUUAAGUCUAUCGAUCGUGAUUCUAAAGAUUUCAUAUUUUUCUCUCAUGAUGCCAAGAUAAACAAACGCAUCCUGAAUUUAAGUAUUGGUAAUCAUUCAUUGUACGUGAGGAGAAGAAAACCUGACACUUUAGAAGUUAUGCAAAUGAAAGCUAAAGCUGCAGAACUGAAAAAGCAGAGGCUUGAACAAAGACAAGCGUUUGAAGAGGAACGUUUGGCUCUCGAAAAGGCAUUAAAACGGGAGAGUCAGUACAUAGAAGAAAUUCAAAACCUCAGGUCACAGAUGAACGACACUAAAAGGAAAUUGGAAGAGGCUCAAAAUAUAAUACAGAAGUUACAGGAACAGUUGACACUACUUCAACGAGCCAAAGAUCAGCUUGAACAGCAGCAAUGGGAGUUGAAAGAGAUGAUGGAACGAUUGGAACAAACAAAGAAUAUGGAGGAGGCCGAAAAGAGACGUCUAGAAGCCGAGAUCGACGCUAAAAGACUGGAAGUGUUGGAAAAGCAAAGGGAAGUUGAGUUAAAGGACAUGGAAGCAAAGAGACUGGAAAGGGAAGUUGAGGAAGCUAAGAGGAAAGAAGAGGAGUUAAGGGCUCUUAGAGAAGAAGAAAAUGCGAAGAGGAAAGAAGGAGAGUUAGAGACGUUACCAAACGGAGUCGAUCACAGUUUGCCGUCCAUGGUGAAAGUUAAUCAACAACUAGUAGAACAGUUAAAGGCUCUUAAAACUCAAUUAAUGGAAACAAAAGAUGAUAGUAAGGAAACGCACUUAGAUCGUAUACAUAGAGAGAAUGUGCGUCAAGGUAGAGACAAAUAUAAAACGUUAAACGAAAUUCGAAAAGGGAACACUGUUAGGAGGGUUGACAUGUUUGAGAAUUUAUAGUACACAUCACAAUUAUUUAAUUUAGAAGUAAAAAACGGGCCUUUAAUACUUAUGAGGAGAUAAAUGAUAAUUAUUAUCCCAAUAGUGAAAAUUAUGUGCAAUAUGAACUUUUAAAUUAUUUAAGAUUGAUUAGAGUUUCUCACUUCUUAUCCAUAAAUUAAUCUAUUGGGGAUUUCCUAAAAUA